CCGGCAGACCACUUCUUUCUUUUCCCUUUCGGGCUAAGACUCACUCACCGACAAAAUUCUUUUAUGAGACUGACCGCUAUAUAUUGGCUUGCUGGACAAGAAAUUACUUCUCUACGAUAGUUUUACUGCUGCCAACAUGGCCGACAUAAAAGAGGCACGCACCGCGCAACCUGCGGAAGAAGUCAGCUUUCCGGAAGAGAAUAUGUCUGUCGGUAGGUAUCUGGCUACUCGGAUUACCUCCUUGCGGCCCCCUAUGCACAAGGCUCCAAACCCGUUCAAGGCUUUGGCGCUGUUGAACCGCCAGCAAUGGCUAUUUUUCUUGGUUGCCUUUUGGGGCUGGACCUGGGACGCUUUUGAUUUCUUCUCUGUCUCGAUUUCUUUGACCAGUCUCGCCAAAUACUUUGACCGUCCUAACUCCGAGAUCACCUGGGGUAUUACUCUCGUGCUGAUGUUACGUUCUGUCGGUGCCAUCAUCUUCGGUAUUUUGUCUGAUCGUUACGGCCGGAAAUGGCCUUUUGUCGCCAACAACGCUCUCUUCAUCGUUUUGGAAUUGGGUACUGGCUUCUGCAAGACAUACAAGCAAUUCUUGGCAUGUCGUGCACUUUUUGGUAUUGCCAUGGGCGGUUUGUACGGUAACAUUGCUGCCACUGCUUUGGAAGAUUGCCCCCCACAGGCUCGGGGAAUUAUCUCUGGAAUGUUACAACAGGGCUAUGCUUUUGGUUACCUGCUGGUUACUGCAUUUGCACGUGGUCUUGUGGGCACUACUUCUCACGGCUGGCGCCCUCUGUUCUGGUUCGGUGCUUGCCCUCCUGUGCUGUUCAUCAUACUCCGUCUGUGCUUGCCCGAAACCCAAGCUUAUCAAAGUCGUGAACGAGUGCGAAAGUCGCUCGCUGGCGGUGUUGCCGGAAAUUUCAUCUCGGAGGGUAAAGUAGCCAUCAAGAACCACUGGAAGCUGUUGAUCUAUCUCGUUUUGUUGAUGGCCGGUUUCAACUUCAUGUCACACGGUUCCCAGGAUCUCUACCCUACCAUGCUUUCAGCCCAAUUCGGCUUCUCCCCCAACGCCGUAACCGUUACCCAAGUCGUUGCAAACCUCGGCGCCAUGAGCGGCGGCACCCUUUGCGGUUGGGCUAGUCAAAUCUUCGGACGACGAUUCUCUAUUAUCGUAAUUUCCAUCGUUGGCGGCGCACUCCUAUAUCCCUACGACUUCGUCACUGACAAGUCAGUCAUGGCCGUGGCUUUCUUCGAACAAUUCUGUGUACAAGGUGCUUGGGGUGUUAUUCCUAUUCACUUGAUGGAAUUAUCUCCAGGACCCAUCCGUACAUUCGCUGUCGGUACGGCAUAUCAAUUGGGUAACCUGGUCUCGUCUGCCUCUUCUACCAUUGAGUCGACUAUUGGUGAACGCUUCCCAUUGCCGCCAACUCCCAAAGGCGUGAAACGGUACGACUACGGCAAGGUUAUUUGCAUUUUCAUGGGAUGUGUCUAUGCAUAUGUCAUUAUUGUCACGUUCUUUGGUCCUGAGAAGUUGGGUCGCGAAUUCGAUGCAGAGCACGAUUCGGAUUUGAAUGAGGUUGCUGCUCGUCAGGUGUUUGACAAGGACCUAGAGAAAGCCAAUGUCCAGCACGCGGAGUAAGCAAGUAUGAAUUAUGUUCAUGAGAAAUAUUGUUAUUACCUGUGAUUCAGUACGGUGCGGUGCGAUAUGAUUGAUGUCCAUGAACGAAGUGCGUGUAACGACUUAUAGCUCAUUGGCUUCUAAGUACAUAUUCAACUACAAAAACCAGUACUUUAUGUUGGUUUCCUCUAUUGAGUAGAUUCUCUCAUUCUCUAAUCAAACCAAACUGUUGUGU